AUGGCCCCAACAGCUCCAGCACCAUCCAAGCGUCCAACCGCCCGCCAAAAAGCCCGCGCCCGUCUCGCCGACCCCCUCCUCCCGCGCAAACUCCAUCGCGAGAACAACGUGGUAAUCGAUUCCUUCAUCGACUCCAAGCAAGACCGUCGCCUCAUCAAACACUCCGCCUUCCUCUCGCGCGUUGCGACAUCCUCAGGGAAAGGAGGUAACGGCAAGAUCAAGAAGCGGCGACGCCCAAACAAGAAGCUCGUCGCGACGCUCGAGUCGCUUGGCGACGCACUAGACGAUAUUCGCGCUGAGAUCGAUGAGGAGGAUGCUGCAGAACAAGUAGAUUCGGACGGCGAAGCCGUGAUGGAUGCAGAGCAGGCGCGGCAAGGAAAAGUUCGACAUAAGAGUCUGAAGAGCCGACCGGGAGCACUGAAAAGGAAGGAGAAGCUGGUGAGAGGGGAGAUGGAGCGGUUUGGGAAGAGUUUAGCGGAGUUGGCAAAGAUUUCUAGCGCUUCCGCUACUUUGGCGCCCGUUCCUUCGCCUAAAUCUGGGAGUACGACAGUUUCGUCGUCGAAGAAGGCUAAGAGGGGGAAUGUUGGUGCAGACCAGGAUAAGAUGGAUACCGAGGAUGGAGAAGGGAACGAGGCACCACCAGAGGCACAGCCAGGAGCUCCCGGGAAUCGGUGGGCAGCUCUGCGCGGGUUCAUUUCUGCAACGAUGGAGCAGAAUCCCGCCUUUCUAGGGAAAACUUGA